AUGGCGCGGAACAAGCCUGCCGAUGGUAGUGGCCAUGUCAACUUGAAAAAUGCUGCAGGACAAAAAGCAACAACUCCAUGUCAAAAAGGUGGUCCAAAAACGCCCGUCAAGCCUUCAGCACAAAAAGGAGCAGCGAAGACAGCACCCCCGAAGCAGGCUGCAGCAGCAGCGGCGGCAGUCAAAACUCCACAGGGCAAGAAGAAGAAAGGGCACAAGCACCAACAGUACGAACUCAUCGUUACAAUCAAUCUGCUCUUAGAAGCUAAACCCAACCUGUAA